UUGAUUUCUUUUCUCUCUUCUGUCCCUAAGCCAUUGAUGAUGGCUCUCAGCAACUUCAGCUGGAGGCUACUCCAGCCUUCUUUUUACCUAGUAGGUAUUCCAGGUCUAGAGGAAAGUCAGCACUGGAUAGCCCUGCCCCUGGGUGUCCUUUACUUUCUGGCUUUAGUGGGUAAUGUUACCAUUCUCUCCAUCAUCUGGACUGAUUCUUCCUUGCACCAACCUAUGUACCUCUUCCUGGCCAUGUUGGCUGCCAUUGACCUAGUCUUGGCCUCCUCCACUGCACCCAAGGCCCUUGCCGUGCUUUUGGUUCAUGGUCAUGAGAUUGGGUACAUUGUCUGCUUGGUCCAGAUGUUCUUCAUUCAUGCGUUCUCCUCCAUGGAGUCAGGUGUACUUGUGGCUAUGGCUCUGGACCGAUAUGUAGCCAUUUGCCGCCCUCUGCAUCAUCCCACAAUAUUGCAUCCAAGGGUAGUAGGGCACAUUGGAAUGGGAGUGCUGGUGCGUGGAUUACUUCUUCUCAUUCCCUUUCCCAUCCUGUUACAGAACCUCAGCUUCUGCCAGGCUACUAUCAUAAGCCAUACCUAUUGUGAGCAUAUGGCUGUGGUAAAACUUGCUUGUUCACAAACUACAGUAAAUCGAGCUUAUGGACUUACAGUAGCAGUGCUUGUGGUUGGGCUGGAUGUUUUGGCUAUUGGCAUUUCCUAUGCUCUUAUCCUCCAGGCAGUGCUGAAGGUUCCAGGGGGUGAGGCCCGACUCAAAGCCUUUAGCACAUGUGGAUCUCAUGUGUGUGUCAUCUUGGUCUUCUACAUCCCUGGACUGUUCUCCUUCCUCACUCACCGCUUUGGCCACCAUGUGCCCCAUCACAUCCAUGUUCUUCUGGCCACUCUCUAUCUUCUUGUGCCACCUGCUCUCAAUCCUCUUGUCUAUGGGGUAAAGACUCAACAGAUUCGCCAGCGAGUGCUCAAGGUGUUCUACAUAAAAGAAUUGAUCUGA